AUCGGACCAAUUGACUCGGUUAAUCAAAACCGAAAGUUCGAAAAUGACGACAAGAAAAAAACAAAACAAAACAAUGAAGAGAUGUAUUUUGCUGGGCAGGUUUUAAAGCCUGGGUUUAAGCUGUUGUGAAGAAGAAAGAACACAAAAACCCUAAACGAAAAUGGAAUCGAAAGCAAUUUGCUUAGGGUUUCUUCCUCCAAGACUUGGAUUUUCAUCUCCACAUUUACUCUCCCGUUCUCCUGGUUCUUCGACAUUUGCAACGCGUCAAAAAUUUGAUUCCAGACAAACCCUCCUUUGGAACAAACCGCAAUUGAGCCGAGGUCGUGUAGUGUGUUCUUCUUCUAAUUCUGAAUCUAAGCCUGAGACGAAUCACUCGAGUAAGAGUAACUAUGCUCGAGCUGAGCUGUUCCGUGGGAAAUCAGGUUCUGUUUCUUUCAAUGGUCUGACUCAUCAGCUGGUUGAAGAAAGUAAAUUGGUGUCAGCUCCGUUUCAAGAAGAGAAAGGUUCUUUCUUGUGGGUUUUGGCUCCUGUUGUGUUGAUUUCUUCAUUGAUUCUUCCUCAGUUCUUUCUUAGUGGUGCCAUUGAAGCUUCUUUCAAAAACGACACUGUUGCUGAAAUUGUUACUUCUUUUUGCUUUGAGACGGUGUUUUAUGCUGGUCUUGCGAUAUUCCUGUCUGUGACUGACCGAGUGCAGAGGCCGUACUUAGACUUCAGCUCCAAGAGAUGGGGUCUAAUCACUGGCCUGAGGGGAUACCUUACAUCUGCAUUCCUCACGAUGGGUUUAAAAGUUGUAGUUCCCGUAUUUGCUGUAUACAUGACUUGGCCAGCUCUUGGAAUAGAUGCCUUGAUUGCAGUGCUUCCUUUCUUAGUUGGAUGUGCAGUUCAACGAGUUUUCGAGGCUCGGCUUGAAAGACGCGGCUCAUCCUGUUGGCCCAUUGUUCCAAUAGUCUUUGAGGUGUAUAGGCUGUAUCAGGUGACAAGAGCAGCGACAUUUGUUCAGAGGCUGAUGUUUAUGAUGAAAGAUGCGGCAACAACUGCAGAAAUUACAGAGCGAGGAGUUGCACUAGUUGGUUUGGUUGUGACUUUGCAGUUUCUAGCUGUUAUGUGUCUCUGGUCGUUUAUCACUUUUCUUAUGCGUCUCUUUCCUUCUAGACCUGUAGAAAUGACGUCUCCACUCUCAGAACUCCUAAACCUUGAUCUCUCAGACACCAAGAAAAUCAUCGCUGAAUACAUAUGGAUCGGUGGCUCUGGAAUGGAUAUUAGAAGCAAAGCCAGGACAUUACCAGGACCAGUAAGUGAUCCAACAAAGCUUCCAAAAUGGAACUACGAUGGAUCUAGCACCGAUCAAGCUGCCGGAGAUGACAGUGAAGUCAUUCUAUAUCCUCAGGCAAUAUUCAAGGACCCAUUCAGAAAGGGGAACAACAUUCUGGUGAUGUGUGAUGCUUACACACCGGCCGGAGAUCCAAUUCCGACCAACAAUAGGAACAAGGCCGUCAAAAUCUUUGAUCAUCCCAAUGUGAAGGCUGAAGAGCCUUGGUUUGGGAUAGAGCAAGAAUACACAUUACUUAAAAAAGACGUGAAGUGGCCACUAGGUUGGCCUCUUGGUGGCUUUCCUGGUCCUCAGGGGCCGUACUAUUGUGCAGUUGGUGCAGACAAAGCCUUUGGUCGUGACAUUGUCGAUGCUCACUAUAAAGCUUGUCUUUACUCUGGUUUGAGUAUUGGUGGUGCCAAUGGUGAAGUCAUGCCUGGACAAUGGGAGUUUCAAAUCAGUCCUACUGUUGGUAUUGGUGCCGGUGAUCAAUUAUGGGUUGCUCGUUACAUUCUUGAGAGGAUUACUGAGAUAUGCGGUGUGAUUGUCUCAUUCGAUCCAAAACCAAUCCAGGGUGAUUGGAAUGGAGCAGCAGCUCAUACGAACUUCAGUACAAAAUCGAUGAGGAAAGAUGGAGGACUGGAUUUGAUUAAGGAAGCAAUAAAGAAGCUUGAAGUGAAACACAAACAACACAUUGCGGCUUAUGGUGAAGGCAACGAGAGGCGUCUCACUGGGAAGCAUGAAACUGCAGACAUCAACACUUUCUCUUGGGGAGUGGCGAAUCGUGGAGCAUCGGUGAGAGUAGGAAGAGAUACGGAGAAAGAAGGGAAAGGGUAUUUUGAAGAUCGAAGGCCUUCGUCUAAUAUGGACCCUUACUUAGUUACCUCCAUGAUUGCUGAAACCACCAUCCUCUAAGGUUUUUGUUUCUUUGUAUCUUCUUCGAAUUUCGGUUUUGAGACUUUUAUUGCGAAUAAGUCACUGAAUGUUAUGCGAUUUCGAUUGUUUAAUCCGGUUGUGGUUCAUUUUUAAGCCAAAACUUGUCGUUGAACUUGAAUAAUUUGUAACCACCAUCCUCGGCUAAGCUUUUUGGUUACAUUUGAAGUAGCUCAGUGAAGGGGGGUUUGCAUUUGUACCAUAGCAUCCAUAUUAGAUUAUGUUUGAAUAAGGGCAUUGACCAGAA